UAUUGUGUGGAUCUGUGAUUAUUUGAGAGUACAAGACCAUGGAGAACAACAAUGGCAAUUCUCAAGAACUUAGCAACAACAAACGAGGAAUUCCAUUCAUGGUUUUCUUCAAAGACGCAAGACAUAUUUUGAAGCUGGAUUCCCUCUCUAGAGAGAUAUUAGGGAUUGCAUUCCCUGCUGCUCUUGCUGUUGUUGCUGAUCCCAUUGCUUCUUUGAUAGACACAACAUUCAUAGGCCACUUGGGACCACUUGAACUUGCUGCUGCAGGAGUUUCCAUUGCUGUGUUCAACCAAGCUUCAAGAAUUACAAUUUUUCCUCUCGUUAGUAUCACAACUUCCUUUGUGGCUGAGGAAGAUACCAUCAAAAGCUUGGCCACCACACAGACAGAAAAUGAUAACACUAAGCUAGACAGACCAAUUGUGUCUAAGGAUCAUAUGCUUCCACAAACAGAUAACGUUGAUACUCCAAAAGAAUUAACAGAUGAAUCAAACAAUGUUGAAACAAAGAGUUCUAAUGUGGAACAAGUUGGCACAGGAAACAUGGACAUGAAUAAUGGAAAUGAAAACGUUAUGAGUAAGAGGAAGAAAAAAGUUGGCAAGAAGGUUAUUGCUUCAGCAUCAACAGCCUUAAUUUUUGGAACAAUCCUUGGCCUCCUUCAAACUGCAAUCCUUUCAUUUGCAGCCAAACCUCUUCUGUAUGCAAUGGGUCUAAAACAUGAUUCUCCAAUGCUAAAUCCAGCAGAGAAAUACCUAAGAUUAAGAUCAAUUGGGUCUCCUGCUGUUCUACUCUCUUUGGCCAUGCAAGGAAUCUUUAGAGGUUUCAAAGACACAACAACUCCUUUAUAUGUCAUUGUUUCGGGAUAUGCUUUCAAUGUUCUAUUGGACCCAAUUCUUAUCUUUUAUAUGAAAUUGGGCCUCAAAGGUGCAGCCAUGGCCCAUGUUAUCUCCCAGUACAUUAUGGCAACCACCCUCCUUAUAUUGUUAAUGAAAAGAGUGCACCUCCUACCUCCAAGCAUGAAGGAUUUGCAGAUUUUCAGAUUUCUCAAAAAUGGGAGUCUAUUGUUGAUAAGGGUAGUUUCAGUGACAUUUUGUAUGACCUUAGCAUCAUCACUGGCAGCAAGGCUUGGUUCCAUUCCCAUGGCUGCCUUUCAACCAGGCCUUCAGAUCUGGUUGGCAUCAUCCCUUCUUGCUGAUGGUUUAGCAGUUGCAGUACAGACAAUUCUUGCUUGUUCCUUUGCUGAAAAAGACUACCACAAAGCUACUGCUGCUGCAACAAGGACCCUACAAAUGACUUUUCUUUUGGGAUUUGGACUCUCUCUCGCAGUUGCUCUUGGAUUAUUCUUUGGAGCUCCAAUCUUUUCCAAAAAUGCUACUGUUGUGCAAUUAAUCAAAAUUAGCAUGCCGUUUGUUGCAGCUACUCAACCAAUUAAUUCAUUGGCCUUUGUCUUUGACGGUGUCAAUUAUGGGGCUUCAGAUUUUGCUUAUUCUGCUUAUUCUUUGGUUUUGGUGUCAUUAGUGAGUAUUCCUAUAGAAAUCUUUCUCUUCAGAAGCAAACAAUUUAUUGGAAUAUGGAUUGCAUUAAGUAUAUACAUGAUUCUUCGUAUGGUAGUUGGUAUAUGGAGGAUGGGAACUGGAACAGGACCAUGGUACUAUCUUAGAAAAGAACCAUGGUGUUACAUGAGAGGCCACUUGUUACCAUAGAAACAUCAAUCUUAUCAACAAGGAGCAUCACUUUUUUUUAUC